AUGUGUAAUGUGCAGGGUCACAUCACACCUGAUUGCCCGCAGAACAUGAGUGAGAUGUCUAUUGAACAAGCCAAUGCUUUAUACUCCUCAAAUCCCAAAAAUCCCUAUGACCCCUACUCCAAUUCCUACAAUGAAGGCAAGAAACACCAUCCCAACUUCUCUUAUAAGAAUACCCAAACACAACAGAAUCCACCACCAUCGCCUCGACCCAACAACUACAACUCACCACCCGGUUUCCAACAAAUACCACCUAUGAACCAACAACCAACGCAACUACUUCCCCAAAAAUCUAGCCUUGAGUUGAUGAUGGAGAGCUUCAUUAACACAACUAACAGUGCCAUCCAACAACAAGGUAGCUCCAUCCAACAGUUGCAGACCCAGAGUAAGCUCAUGGAAACCCAAAUAAGUCAACUCUCACAACAGGAGAGUUGUUUAUCAACUCUUCAUGAUCAAGCGAAGGUCCAAAAAGAACAAUGCAAUGCAGUUUUCUUGAGAAGAGAUGAAUCAUCUCCGAGGCAAAUAGAUGAAAAAGUGUGCAGCGUGGAGUCUAGAAAAGAUGAAAAGGGUAAAGAUGCUCAAGGUCCCAAAUAUGUUGCUCCACCGGCUUAUGAGGAACCGAUGCCCUUCCCGCAAAGGUUAUCAAGGGUCGUGCUCGAUAGAAAUUUUGGGAAAUACUGCAAAGCUCUUCAGAAGGUACACGCCUCUACUCCUUUUUCCGAUCUUUUAAUUCAAAUGCCUCAAUUUGCGAAUUUUGUGAAGAAUAUCAAAGAUCAACAUGAGGAUAAGGAAGUAGUCAAUAAGAAAGGCCCUACUCUCUUAUAUGAUAACCUACCACCUAAGCUGCAUGAUCCUGGUUAUUUCACUAUUCCCUGUUUGCAAGGACUUAAACCUUCCCCUAUUUCUCUUCAAAUGGCUGAUAGGACCUCUAGACUCCCUAAUGGUGUGGUUGAAGAUGUAAUAGUUACGGUUGGUGAACUUGUUUUUCCUGUUGAUUUUGUCGUCAUGGAUAUGCAAGAUGAUCAUCAGAUCCCGAUUAUAUUUGGUCGUCCAUUUCUUGCCACAAGUCAAGCCCUAAUAGAUGUUCCUAAAGGACAAGUGACCAUUAGGGCCCAGGAUAAACAAGUCAUGUUUAAGCUCUUUAAUGAACAUAAUUCUAUAUUUGAUGGUGGUACUUGCUUAAGAAUCGAUGCUACUAACCCUUUGGUUGAUAAGUAUGUAUUUCACAGAAAUUUCGUGAGAAACGAGGAUACAAUUUCACCCAAUGAUGUGUUUGGCAACAUGAAGGUGAAAAGAACAAAAUCCUUGAAGGAGGAUCUUACAGAAGAGGCACGUCCGUGCCUCACAGGUGCACGCCCGUGCCUCCAACCCAUAAAGCCGAAUUUUUAUGAGCAAGUCCGUGCCUAA